AUCUUUUCAGUGCUUCUUCAACUUCAACCUGCUCCCUCUCCCUCUCUCUCUCUCUCUCUCUCUCUCUCUCUCUCUCUCUCUCUCAUUAACACAUUUUUACUCUUUGAUUCAACAUUUUCUUGGAAUCUUGGUAAUUUCUAGUUUUUCCAAAUCAGGAUUAAUAUUUUUGUUUUUUCCACAUUCAUCUCUUAAUCCGAGUGUAGACUCACUCUCCCUCUAUUUCUCCUUUUUGAUCCAGCACUAACUUUUUUUUUUUUAAUUGUUUGAUUUUCCUUACAGUUUUCACCCUCUGAAACCAUGAUUUAUUGCUCUAUCAACUGGGUUUUACUUUGAAAUCAAACUGCCUUUUAAUUUCUUUAUGGUUUCUGGAAGGAAACCCAGUUCUCAUUUUGCUAAAUCAAUGUCUUCCUCAUCGGGUUUCUCUUAGUAUAAAUCUAAAUACUCAUUAACCUUGUUUUACGAUUCUGGUUAAAUUUAACCUGCUAGAGUGAUUUGAUCCAGUAAUUAGGGUUUUUCUAGAUUGUCCCUUUUGUUUAUUUUUCUCUAUUUUCUCAUUUUAUUUUAUUUUUUUUUUCUCGCUUAAAGAACAAAAUUUAAGGGGAGUAUUGCUGGGGAGGGAAAUGAGGGAUGUUGUCGUGGCUGACAAGGAUAGCGCUUGCUUGCUGGAAACCGGUAAGGCGAUAUGCCCGCAUGAGCAAGGAUGAUGACCUUGACGAUUCAUCUAUCGGGGAUUCUCUUCUCUGGUGCAGAGAACUCGACAAGCACUCCUUCGGCGAUUUUUCCUUCGCCGUCGUCCAAGCUAACGAGGUUAUCGAGGAUCACAGCCAAGUCGAUACAGGGAAUGGCGCCACUUUCGUCGGCGUUUAUGACGGACACGGCGGCCCGGAGGCCUCCCGCUACGUCUCUGAUCAUCUGUUCCUUCACUUAAUGAGACUUGCUCGAGAAAAUGGAAACAUUUCCGAAGAUAUUAUUAGAGGUGCUUUUUCUGCAACUGAGGAUGGAUUUCUUACUCUCGUCCGUAGGACAUGUGGGUUAAAACCAUUAAUUGCAGCAAUUGGGUCUUGUUGUUUGGUUGGAGUUAUAUGGAGAGGAACCUUAUAUGUUGCUAACGUGGGUGACUCUCGAGCUGUGAUAGGAUCUGUAGGUAGAUCAAAUAAGAUAGUCGGUGAGCAGUUGACCAAGGAUCAUAAUGCAAGCAUGGAGGAGGUCAGACAAGAACUCAGGUCCUUGCAUCCUGAUGAUUCACAUAUUGUAGUUUUGAAACAUGGAGUUUGGCGUAUAAAAGGCAUAAUUCAGGUAUCUAGAUCCAUUGGUGACGCAUACUUGAAGCGACCGGAGUUUUCUCUUGAUCCUUCGUUUCCUCGAUUCCAUCUCUCUGACCCCAUCCGCCGGCCUGUGCUAACAGCAGAACCAUCUGUAUGUACAAGGGUACUACGACCCAGUGACAAAUUUGUUAUAUUUGCAUCAGAUGGGCUCUGGGAACAUUUGACAAAUCAGGAGGCUGUCGAGAUCGUGUAUAAUAAUCCACGACCUGGAAUUGCCAGAAGACUUGUUAAGACAGCUUUAAAUGUAGCAGCUAGGAAGAGGGAGAUGAGGUACGACGAUCUGAAGAAAGUGGAGAAGGGGGUUAGGCGGUUUUUUCAUGAUGAUAUUACAGUUGUUGUGAUCUUCAUAGACCAUGAGUUGCUAGGAAAAGAGGUUCCCGUUCCCGGGCUGUCUGUAAAAGGUUUCAUUGACACAGUUGGACCAUCGAAUUUUAGCAUUCUGCAAGGAAUCGAUGCUAAUGCUCGAUCCACUUACCGGAAAUAGACUCUCUGUCAGCUGAUGAAUCAUCAUCUAUUUA